GCUGUAAGAAAAGUCGACCACCUUGAACACAUUAUAAAUGCAUCAAGCCCUCAGCGCAGUGGAAACGCAAAAGACAAGAGCUAGCACUACUUGAGCUUGUAAAUUUAGCUUAAUUUGUUCUUAUUCACAUUGCUUGUUUCUGCAAUUUCAGCUAUGGAAACCGAAGAUGGCGGAUCAGCCCCGUCGACGCCGGUGACGCCAGGGACGCCCGGCGCUCCUCUCUUCGGAGGAUUGAGGUCGGAAAGAAUUUCGAAUUGGAGAAAAACAUCUCUCCGCAACAGCUUCAAAUGCUUCAGCGUUGAAGCUUGGGACUCGGAAGAAGGCGCCCUCCCGCCGGUCUCUUGUGCAUUGCCUCCACCUCCAGUUUCUCUCGCAAGAAAGGUGGGAGCUGAGUUCAUCGGUACUAUUAUACUCAUCUUUGCCGGGACGGCCACAGCCAUCGUCAACCAAAAGACUCAGGGCUCGGAGACGCUCCUCGGCCUGGCGGCGUCCACCGGGCUGGCCGUGAUGAUAGUAAUACUCUCCACAGGCCACAUCUCCGGCGCGCACCUGAAUCCAUCCGUUACAAUAGCAUUUGCUGCUCUCCGGCAUUUUCCAUGGAAACACGUUCCGGUGUACAUAGGAGCGCAAGUGAUGGCUUCUAUAUGUGCUGCGUUUAUGCUGAAGGUGAUUUUCCACCCGGUUAUGGGGGGCGGAGUGACUGUUCCGGCAGUGGGACACGCUCAGGCUUUUGCGUUGGAGUUCAUCAUCACCUUCAACCUCAUGUUCGUUGUCACUGCAGUGGCCACUGAUACAAGAGCGGUGGGGGAGCUCGCGGGGAUUGCGGUCGGAGCUACUGUCAUGCUCAAUAUCUUGAUAGCCGGGGGAACUACAGGAGCUUCGAUGAAUCCGGUGAGAACUUUGGGGCCCGCGAUUGCUGUAAACAACUAUACAGCCAUAUGGAUCUACCUGACGGCGCCUAUUCUUGGUGCUCUGGCCGGGGCUGGUGUUUACUCUGCAGUGAAGCUGCCUGACGAAGAUCCAAAACCACAUGACAAGCCCUUAGCAGAACACAGCUUCAGAAGAUGACUAAACGCACGGAACUCAACAUGUUCUAUCAAGGAAGUAGGAAGGAUUAUAUGUAUAUUACACGUUGUAAUAAGAUGGAUAUAUAUAUGCCUAUCUUGUAUUUUCCUAUGUAUAGAUGGAGGACAUGAUUUAUAACACUUGAAGGAACGAGAGCGUCACGGGUGGAAAUAGUUAGAACCCUCCCUUGGUUCGGGACGGGCGAGUGGGCGCACACUUAUACAUUCUUGAAUAUGCUAACAAGAAGUGUUGCGCACAACAGACUCUUGCAUACCUAUUACCAGGGUGUUGUAGAUGGAGAUUAUCUACUGCUUUUGUGAUCAUAACUAUACAUCAUUCAGAAGAUAUUAUAUACUAAUGUAGUACGGUUACUUGCAUACUUGUGUAAUUCUCGAACUUUUCAGCAAUACACAGCAGAAAGUGGUACAAGAACUGUCAUGGAUGUAACAGCGACAGCAAGCGCAGCUGACAUCAAACCAAUAUAUGAAAAGGGAUCGUCGCCGUGCCAGAAGAUUCCUUUAUAUGACAUGAAACUGCCGUAAGGGCCCAUAUAUGGGAGUUGUCUAUGAGUAAAAGAGAGACCAUAUAGAAACAUGCAAGAAGUUGAGAUAUGCCAUUAGUGACAUCAAAUUUUAAAAUAAAAAAGUGUUCUUCGAUGGGAGUGACAUUGUACUCAUAUGGACAAACAUAACAUCAACACUAAAAAGGGAUGCUCAAAUAGAAUAGGAUUUGAGCAAGUUUCCAGCUUUACGGGGAUCAUACCCAGCCCAGAUCUGAUCCGAAUAUUACCAGCAAUAUAGAUCAUGAUCACAUUGCUCCAAAAAUACAUGUAUCUUGUCUGGAAAACACAGGUGACCAACCCCUACAAGCAUCUUGAUCAUUCAGACGGUUUUUGCUGCUACGCGAGCUAUCUUAACUAGCUAUUGUGGUUUGAGGCAUUCUGCAACACCUCCCACACAAUCGUUGGACCCCUUCUGAUUCGUCGAGGCGACCAUGUUGACACACCAGAUCACAGAGCACUUCUCAUGUCACACAAACAAGCAAUUUUUUUGAGUUGUUCUCUCUUAAUUGUUUGAGAAGACUGAUAUAUAUUGGAUAUGGCCUAGAAAUAAAUAUGUCAAGUCAACAUUUUCAUAAGGCAGUGUAAGAUAUAGGGGACGAAUGCAGCUUGAAGAUGUUGCAAACUCGUAACCUAUUACUUAUUAAACCUCAAAAACUGAACUUGACUGAUCAAUGACAUCUCACUACCAGAUCAGAUAUUAAUUUCACUAGAUUUCAAAGAGAAAAUAUAUCUAAUCAAUAAAGGAUUGCAGACCUACAAGCAAGCCAAACUGAUGCCAAAAUUGAAUUACUAUCUCAGAAAAUCCAGGAUUGACUUCCAAGUAUAAGGAUAAACUUCCACAACAUUCAUCUCUUACAAGAUAUAUUUUCCUUAAGCUAGCUAAUUCAUCUUGCUGAUUAACUCAUUUAUACGAUCCUCACGAUUUCCAGAGUCCC